UCGAUCAACAAAAAUGGCGACGAAAGCCAGUAAUGCCCUUGAUACGAGAGCGGAGCUCGCUGAACUCGUCAAGCGAAAAGCUGAAAUUGCGGAGACUUUGGCCAACCUGGAACGUCAGAUCUAUGCCUUCGAAGGCAGCUACUUGGAGGACACACAGCUCUAUGGCAACAUCAUCAGAGGCUGGGACAGGUAUCUCGCCCCAAACAAGAACACAAACAGCAAGGCAGACAAACGAAACAGGAAGUUCAAGGAGGCUGAGCGGCUGUUUUCCAAAUCUUCAAUCACGUCCAUAUCUGCGGUAAGCGGCAUCAUAGAGAAGGACGACAGAGAUCGGAACAGCGAGUCGGAGUCGCAGAACCCCAACAGCGGCAGCGAGGAGAACGGGCCCGCGGCCUCCCUGCCGCAGUCCGGAGGGGCCGCGCCCCCUCCCUCCGCCCCGCUUCCCCCCGCAGCAGCCCCGUCCAGCAGCAGCAGCAGCAGCAGCUCGUCGGGGGGCUCCUCCACACUCAACGGGGGAGGGGGGGGUGCCCAGUCGCCCCCUCCGGCCUCGCCCGCCGCCAGGAGCGCAAACAAGGGUGCCGGGGGCUCCCACCACCACCACCACAGGAGCACGGGGGGAGGCGGGGGCAGCGUCAAGAAGUCGGCCAAGAAGUUCAGAAGAGCUGUGGACGAGUGACGAUCUGCUUCUAAGGACCCCCAGAACUUCUCCAAAGACUUGUGUCCUGCUCCUAAGCCUCAUCAUUGCUGCACGGCCCCCAUUGCAGUCAUCCAUCCGUGCCCCACGCCACCAGGACCCUGGAUUGAAAAACGUCAUGCCGAUGCCAGUGAUUGUCAAACAUUUCUCGCAUAAAAUCGUCACCCUCACAGGCGUGUAGUUAAAAUGCCCAGAUAUUAAAAGUACCUACGAUGUU